UCCUAGUCGUGGUUCUAGGAGGUUCAACCAGCGUCCAGCGACCAGUGCUUGUGUCGUGUCGUGUGUAGUUACCCAUAGUUUUCCACUUCCGCUCGUCCCCAGUGUAUCCCCGAAACUCCUUUUCGAAGCUCAAUCGCGUGAUCUAAACUAAGAUGAAGCCAUUCUUUAUUGCCGCCGCGCUGCUGGUCUCGACGGUGUCCGCCUCGUGGCACGGAGCCGUCUCCACACAGUACCAGCACCUGGACCCGCACAGCCACACCUACUCCUACGGAUACGCCGAUCCCAACUCACAGAAGCACGAGACGCGCGGCCACGACGGCACCACGCACGGCUCCUACUCCUACGUGGAUGGCCAUGGUCACGUGCAGUCGGUGUCGUACACCGCUGACCCGCAUCAUGGCUUCAAUGCCGUGGGCACCAACCUGCCGCAGGCUCCUCAGGCCCACGCCGCCCCCGUCUACGCUGCUGCCCACUCGCACGGCUCCUAUGCCCCCUACGCCCAUGCCUACGCCCACGGACCCAUCCACAUCCCGGUGCUGACCCAUGGUGGAGUUCCUGUAGACACGCCCGAGGUGCAGCAUGCCAAGGCCGCCCAUGCCGCCGCCCACGCCGCUGCCGCCCACAAUGCCGGCGGACACCAUCUGUACAAGCGUUCGAUCUACGGAGGAGGCUGGGCCUACGGACAGGCUGCCCAUGUGCCGCUGACCCACGGAGGAGUGCCCGUUGAUACCCCCGAUGUGCAGGCCGCCAAGGCUGAGCACUAUGCCGCCCACGCCAAGGCUUUGGGUCAGGUGGCCCAUGCCCAUGGAGCUGCCGUUGAGACGCCCGAGGUGCAGCACGCCAAGGCCGCCCACUUUGCCGCCCAUGCGGCCGCCCGUUCCGGACAUGCCAUCGCCCCCAUCAGCAGCCAUCACGGUGGCUACCAUGUGCCCGUGAUCCACAACGGAGUGCCCGUCGAUACGCCCGAGGUGCAGCACGCCAAGGCCGCCCACUACGCCGCCCUGUCGCAGGCCUCCGCCCACGGAGGAGCCUCGCACGGAUCCUGGGACGAGGGCCACUACGACGGACGCUGGGAGCAGCAGAGCCACAGCAGCCACGGCGGCUACGCCACCGGCUAUGCGCACAAGGGACCCAUCCACAUCCCCGUGAUCCACAACGGAGUGCCUGUUGAGCCCGCAGAGGUGCAGCAUGCCCGUGCCGCGCAUCUGAAUGCGGUGGCUGCCGCCGGACACGGAGCUCCUGCCAGCCAUGGUGGCUACUAUGGUGGCAAUGGACACGAGGACGAUGGCCAGUACCAUGCGCACUACGACCACUACUAAGCGAUGGCUGGGGUCGGCACUUGACAUCCGAUCGACGACGAGCAUCUCUAAACACUCUGCCUAACCGACUACCGAAGCCAGCGUGGCGUAU